GGGAGCAGACAAAGGAGCUGCGUAUUAAACAGAAAAUUUGCGUUAUUCGUGUUUGUCACUGUGUGACUGGAAGAGGAACCUAAGUUAAAGUUCUGUCGCUACAUGCUGAAGAAAUGCUCGUACUUGAGUUGGUACCAGAAAGAAGUCUAGGGUGUGAACAAUGGGAAUUUAUUUUAGGAAUGCACUUUUCGCAAGCAGUAGCAAUAAUUCAGUCACAGGUGGGCAUCAUAAAAGGCGUUCAGGUGCUCUACAGUGAUUCGAACCCUUUAGGCGCAGAUCUUAUUAUUAACUUGCCGCAGGAUGGGAUAAGAUUAAUAUUUGACCCAAUUGUUCAGAGACUGAAGAUAAUAGAAAUUUACAACAUGAAACUGGUCAAAGUAAAAUACUGUGGCCUUACGUUCAACUCCCCAGAAGUACUGCCGAGUAUUGAACAAAUCGAGAGGUCUUUUGGAGCUACGCAUCCUGGUGUCCUGGAUACCGAAAAACAGUUGUUUGUUCUGAAUUUUAGAGGCCUUUCAUUUUGUUUUCCUGUUGAAUCAAAAUUCCAGCCAGGUUAUGCACAUGGCCUGGGGUCACUGCAGUUUCCUAAUGGAUCUUCACCGGUGGUCUCUCGGACAUCAGUGUACAGCGGUAGCAGUCUGAGUGAAUGUCGCACACCGCAGUUACCACUGUGUUGCUACCAUAACCACCUGUAUCUGGAACGUGCAGAGGUUAUUCGGGAGAGACUAACUACAUGUGGCCUUCGUUUGCAUCUCUUCACUGAAGGUUCAUCUCGUAUGCUUGAACCAAGGAAGCAGAAUCUUAGCAGGGAAGUAAUGUUUGGUGAUACAUGCCAAGACGUUGCCACGGCUAUUGGUGCACCAUCACGAGUUUUUUAUAAGUCUGAGGAUAAAAUGAAGAUACACAGUCCAAAUGCACACCGCCGCAUUUCUGCCAGACGUUCAGAUUUCUUCUACAAUUAUUUCACCUUGGGGAUAGACAUUUUAUUUGAUGCUAAGACUCAAAAAGUAAAGAAGUUUGUUCUCCAUACCAAUUUUCCUGGUCACUACAACUUCAAUAUGUAUCAUCGCUGUGAAUUUCACCUGACAUUGCCACCAGAUUCAAGGCAUGGGUCUGAAGGAAGCAGGCAGCUAAUAGAUGUGUCUCCAAUCCCAGUAACGAUAUCUGCGUACACUAAAUGGGACACAAUAUCAGAGCAGCUUAAACCAAGUGAGCGACCUGUGGUUCUGAACAGGGCAAGUUCAACAAACACGACCAAUCCUUUUGGCUCAACAUUUUGCUACGGGUACCAGGACAUCAUCUUUGAGGUCAUGCCUAAUAACUACAUUGCAUCUGUUACCCUGUAUGCUGCUGAGAAGCAAAUGCCUGAGGUAUGACAAUGGCUUUCUGCCACCUACCUCGUGUUGCAGGGAAGGUACUGGCAGUUCUGACACCUUAUCAUGUUUUAAAUAGAAAAUAAAAGGAAACUGGAAGUCAUAUCAUGUUUCUGCUAUUAAGGGAUUGUCUAUGCAGUGAAAGCAAGAUGCCAAAUACUUUGCUGUAAAAUACAAACAUAUGCAUUUUUUUAAAGGAAGAGCUAAAUAAUCAUCAAGAGAUACAUGAAGAAUAUAAAAGUAUAUGCACCUUAUGUGGAUCAAUAUGUUCAUAAUGACAAUAAGUUUUUGCCAGCGAUAGGGGUUAUUAAUUCAGACUGUUAUUAUUUAUCAUGCAUGCCUCCCUUUCCCUAGUAUAGCACAGAUUGUGAGUACAUUUUCAUGUGAACAAUGACUCAUGCAGAAACUUCUGAGACUGAGCUAAAAUGGGGAAGGUUAAAAUUCUUUGUUGUAAUGUCGCUGUAACUGUGAUAGAGGUAUUAGAUGGAUGAUUCAGUUUUGUCAGGAACUUGUUGAGGCCUUGUACUUCACAUUGUAUAAAUCCUGAUAAAAAUUUUUGCACUCCACAUUACUCAGCAAAAAGAAAUCUAGGUUACUGAAAGUUGUUAUUGUUUCUGUUUCCUUUAAACAAAACAGAUUUUGCAGUUGUAUUAAUUGUAUACACUGCAAGAUUGAAAACUUAAAAAGCUAUUAAGAUGAAUUGUGUCAUAUCUUGUUGCAGAGAGUUCUGGCAGUAACAUGACUCACAUUAUUUAUCAAUAAAGUUUGUGAUAGUGAGAUUCCUGUUAUUUUUGGCUCUGAAAUACACAGCCACAGAUUUUCUAUUAUAAUUUUUAUACUUGUUGCUACUUGAUUUAUCUGUAAAUGCCCUACUUCAGUGUGAAGUAAUUUUUCUCCAUCUGCUUGAUUGGUCACAGUCACUGGUGACAGCAGUGGUGCACUCGUUUCUGGUGUUGCCAUUGCCACCUAUCUGAAGUAAGUAAUUUAGGCCGUACUAAAGGUAUUUUGGCAUUUUGUUCCAUAUUUUUUUACAAUGUCGUUCUCUUUUCUUUCUCGUCAUUUCUUGCCCUUUCCAAUGUUUUCUCAAAUGAGAUGCAGAUCGCUUACCACAUAUUUCUUUCCUGGAAUUUACUCCAGAACUUCGUUGUUUCAGUCCCACAUUAGUUUUCUGUUUGAUUGUAGGUCUUUUUUCAAAAUCUGAAAUUUGUUGUAUGCUGCAGUCCAUGAUUAGAGCUGUGCUUGUGUUGUGUGUUGAUCAACAUGUCCUGGAUACUUAACCCUUCACAUUUUGUGGUUUUCAGGGCUUACCUUACAGUUUAGGUUUACCUAUUUCUUCCAAAUGGAAGAGCUUGAUAUGUAAAAAAUAGUGUUGCUUUUUUGUUUACACCUUCACAAAUCAGUAAAUCAUACUAGAGGUCAAACAUUAUUCUGUCUUCAAUGGAGAAGCCAAAUACUCUAAAAUUUUGUUAUUGUAGGGUUGGGUGUGAAAUUCUUAAGCUUAGAUAACAUUACUUUUAAUUGUGUACAUAACUACACAUUUUGUGCCCAGUUUUAGAUGUUUGUUGCUUUUUGUGUGGAGUCUCAUUUAAUGUAAGUGUAUGAAGAUAAUAGUAGUAGUUUAAAAGACAACAGUAUGGUGGUGAGUGCUAUCUGUAUGAUUGUUAUAGUCUGUUGUGAAUGACAUUUAGUACAAAUUUGGAGUAACAUGUUUACUGAAUUUCUGACACUUUACAAAGCUGAGACUAUAUUCAGGGGUUUCUGAUACGCUAGGUGCAAAUAUUGUAUUAUUGUACUUAGUAUGUUAAUAAAGCUUUUGUCAGCAAGUAGAAGGCAUAAGUGAAUGAUAUUUGGCAGUUUGGAUCACUUAUAGACAGUCCCUGUGAGAUGAUUGAACACAGCCUGGAUCUUAUAUUGUGAAUUCGAAUGUCAUGUUUCAUUACAGUGUUACAAAAACAAACUGUGAAUAAUGUCGGAACUUUCCUGUAAAAAUGAAAAGUAUAAAAAAAAGAUUAAAAGACAAAGAUAUGAAAAAAAUUAAAACUAAAAGUAUUAAAAACUUUAUAUUAAUCUCUUUUUCAUACUUUUUGAGUUGGUUUGUUUAAAAAACCAAGGUAAGGCAUAAGAAAAUGACCUAAAUUAUUUUAGGUAAUAUGCUCCAUGUCUGUUACCAACAGAAAAGAAGCGUAUUGAUCACACAUGAUUAAACAGUUAUAUGUAUCUGUAUGUAACUAUUUGUGGCUUUAGUCAUACAAAUUAAGGCAGUUGUUACAUUAUUUCAAUCUGUGAUGUUAUUUAAUGGCUUUAUUAAAGCACCAGACUAUUACAUAACGGAAAUUGAACUCCUGUACACAAAUUCAGGUAUUUUUAAUGUGUGGCAUUAUUUAAAUUGUCAUUAUGCAUCUUCACUGUGAGAUUUUCUAUACUUCAUUUUGUACACAGCCAUUUCCUUCAAAUCCUUUUCUAUAAGUCGAUGAUGUUAUGUGGUUAUAUUAUUGUAAAAGUCUGGGAUUUUGGAAAUAAUUUUGUGUGAUUUUAUGAUGAACACUUUGUGUACCAUUCUUAAUAAUUGUAUAGGUUUUCCCACUUCGACCGAUAAUUCCAUGGUGGGAUAAAAAAAGAAAAAAAGUUUUGUUUCUGUAGUGUCAGUUUGCAGCCAUCUAUAAUGUGAAAAUACUGUUACUUGUUACAGUCUUUGUUCUCUUAUUCCGGAAACAAGUCACUUGAAAACCUAUACCUGCAAGCUUAUUUCUGAAUUACGAGGUUAAAUUUCAUCAACAUCAGUCACAGUUCACAGCUGAUUUCACUUCAUUAAAUACCAUUUCACUGCCGAGUAAGAAGUUGACAAACGGAUUUUAAUUUAGUUGAGACAAUCUUCAGUUUUUAAAGUGUUGUCUUAUUUCUUACAUUAAAGCUGGUUCUUUCAUUAUCAGUUUUGUCUUUAGAAUUGACUGGCUGAUUCAGCAAUAUUAAGGAAUAUUUAUGUAAAAUAUAUUAUUUCUGUUAUCUCAUAGGUUAAAAAUGUUUUAAUGCCGUAAGUGACUAGGAUAUCAUGGCAAGAUAAAUGGUUGCUUUGAUAGUUUACACGUGGAUUGUGUGACAAACCAACUAAGGUUUGACAGUCACAGGCAGCAUGUGUGCUCAUUGUAAUAUAUUAACCCCUAUUUAUUAGUUGCCAGUUGGCAGUUAUAUAAUGUAGUAGUGCAUGAGAUUGAUGUUUCAUAUGUAACUGGAAAUUUUUUGCUUAGCAUUUCUUACAGCGUGUUCACAUAGUGAAAUCACCUUUCUCAUUUCACACCAAAUAAAAAUUUUACCUUGUGCAUGUAUUAUUCAACAGUGCCGUCAGUGUUUCUUAAGAUACUACAUAAAAUGCCAUUCACAGAUCACUGUUUUCUCCUAUUUUAAGAAAUAUGUCCCAAUUUUUCUUUUACGUUAUCAAACCCAUAAAUAAUAAUAGAUGAAGUUACAAGUCUCUGUUUUUGAUCUUUGUCACAGUGACUGCAGUUACAAUCCGUGCCUUACAAAUGUAACAUAUAAUUACUAUAGAUUUUGUUUAGUGCAUUUAAUCUGCGGUGAUGGUGUUUAUAUCUUAAGUCACUGGAGCAGGAAAGUGAAAAGUGCCUAGAUGACUGUUGUUUCUAGUGUUCAUCCUUUCUCAGUCAGUUAUUUGUUGCCUUUAUACACUGCCGAGUUUGCAGUAUAAUUUUCUGUAUCUGCAAGACAUCAGGUUGGGAUACAUGAACUUCAAAUUCUUGGCAAGUGUUUCAUAACCUUUUCCAUUUGGAAUUCGUGUUUCAUAACCUUCUCCAUCUGCAAUUCUGUUUGACCAUACGUGUUCACAGCAACAGAUGUUGGGUAGUGCAUUCAGAGUAACGUAUCAUUUGUGCCUGAUUUUCUGUUUGCUAACAGCUCUUGACUUCAUGUUCGUAUCAAUAUUAUAUAUAUUAUGUGUUGAGCAAAUUUCAGCUAGAUAACUCAAGAAGACUAGAAUGCUAGAAAUAAUCUUCAGUAUUUUCUGAAGGGUCAUCAUUCUCACAAAUGGUGGUUAUGCUGAAACAGUAGACAUUUCAUUUCAUUUGAGCUUUUUAUGAUGUUUGUGUUCUCUGUCUGUGGCCCUCUACCAAAAUGAAGAAUUACCACUUUCACCUUAUUCUUCACUUUAAAAAUAUGUUUUGAAAUGUAAUAAGUAGCUGUAUUGAUAGAGCCCAUUUUUUAAUAGAGCUAAAAGCAAUUUCAUACCACCUGAACAGUCUUAAUUUACUUAAUAAUGUAUGUGUUUCUUCCCCUUCUUUCUUUUAAGUAAUGUCUGGUUACACUACCUUAGUUGUCAUUACACGAAUGUUUUUCAAUUUAUUUGUAGGUAUUAUUGACUGAUUGACAUCAUCACUUGUAGAUUAUGUGACAAUAGACAGUGAUAAAUUCAUUCUUUGUAUUUGGUGGCAUUUUUGUUCCAGUGACUUGCGCAAAAGAUAAAAACCUCAGAUUCAUUACUUUGUUCAAGAUGACUCCCAACUGUAGAAUUUUUAAAAACAGAUUAGUUAAAUAUGAAGUGGGAUACAGACCACAGUGUGUGUAAAUACUCUUAAUAAAAUUUUAGGAGCUAGGGUAGGUGACAUAUUUAACAUAAUCACUUGUAUUGUUAAUGCUAAAUUUGCUCAUUUACAAUCAGAGUUAAAACUUUUCAAUUAAACACUUUUGUCAUAUGCUCAUUAAAGAGCACAGUGAUUGUUUUGCAUCAUUAUGGAAGUACAGAUAUUGCUGUUUUUACUGUGAUCUAGUCUACAAAUUGUAGUUACCAGUGUUCACUUCCACAAUUCAAAAUAUGAAAAGAUACUAUUCAUUUAUAUACUGAAAAACCAACUUGCUUUAUUCCGGUCACCCAUAUUCUUUAGUAUAGUGUGUGCACAAUAUUGGGCACAGUUCAUUUAUCAGCCCCAUGCUGAAUUCUGUUUACAUAUGUAGUUGUUAAUGUGGUGCAACUUUUGUAAUUUGUGUGUGUGCGUGUGUGUGUGUGUGUGUGUGUGUGUGUGUGUGUGUGUGUGUGUGUCUGUCUGUCUGUCUGUCUGUCUGUUUUGUGGUAAUAUUCCUUCCUUUUACUUAAUUGUCAGUUUGUGAAUCACCACAUUACCAUCUGCACUUGAGGUAGACACCAUAGAAUAAGAAUUAUCCUGCUGUGAACUGCUGUAGAAAAUGCUGAUAUUGUGUGAGUGAAUGUGUUACUUGAUGUGUUACGAAAGACACCUACCCUAUUGAGAAAAACAGUGGAAAUAUUUAGUUAGAAGUGCCCUCCGAUUGAUUAAUUCUAAAAAUUAUCAAGAUUGCUACUUAAGGAGCUAUCUAUCUCCAGUAUUGUUGAUUAUGUUCGUGAUGCAGGACAUUGUUGCAUCAUUUCCUUUUUUAUUGUGAUAUGGACUCAGUACAUUUUGUGAAUUGUGUGCGCAUUGUGAUUUUUGUGUUGUAUGGGACCAUAAUUUCAGCUAACCAAAGUUACUAUUGGAUGUCAGUGAAUGUAGUAAGAAUAAAUAAUUUGUUGAAGUGUUACUGUAAUAUGAAUUUGAUGUUGUUGAGUAAAUUACAUUUGCUAUACAGAAAGAAUGUGUAUGACAUGGAAUAUACCACAUCGAGGUUUCACAGAAUGAAGUUCUCGUCACUGGUUUUUCAUCACCACUAUAAGAAUGUAUCGCUGUGUGAAAGUUUGGGAAUACAGCGAAUCAUAUAGGUUUUUAAAAUUACCUAAAACUGAGGCAUACGGGUCUGUGAUUUUGUAGAAUGAACUGAGAUGAAGAGUGGUUAUAAUUGAAAAAUGAUUCACUGUAUUCCUAAUUCUUUUCUUAUAUUUAUUAAUUAUGGCUUGUAGUAGCCUGUUUGUAUACUGCUUGAAAGUCUUAAUAUUAAAAAUCAGUGCAUACAGUGCACAAUGCUUAUCCAUGAAAGUGGUAAAGGCAUUUGCCUGUUGACUUGUGCUAGCUGUAGUUUGUAUAAGAGGAUGCCAGUAUGCUGUUUUUAUUGUAACAAUAAAUUUGACACUGUUUUUAAAAA